AUGGUUCGACUACUCGGUCGGUGCCUCCCGAUAAUAUGUCUGUCCAGAAAAAAACGACAAUCUCUACCGAUUUGCGAACAGAACAAUGGCGGAACGAAACAUCAUCAAGACGAAAUCAAUAAACUCUUCGUAAGACGCGUGGAAAGUAUUCGGGUUACUCAACAAGGAGCUAUAUUCAAACGCUUACCGUGUCAAACGUUAGCUGAACGUCAACAGCAGAAGAAAAUGAGAACUAAAGAAAGAAUUCAUCGGCACGAGAAAGUGAUCAAACCUGAUGAUACUGAGUUUGAUUGCGAAACUCAUAUCUCCGACCGACAAUCAAAACAAAAAGCACGAGUCAAAUCCAAGAAGAAAUCUAAAGACAAUGACAAAACGACAACUUCAUCACAUCCGGGUACACCUGCCGAAAAGCCUUCUCAUCUCAAAACAAAAGGAUCCAAAUCACGGUCACCUUCACCAUCCAGUAUCGAUGAUAUUCUCGAAGAAGACAAGUCCGAGAGUACGAACAGUAGUUUAUCUUCGACAUCAUCAAUAUCAUCGGACUGGUCAACAACAACGUACCCUGAUUCACAGAAUAGUGAAAAAAGCGAAGAACUAAUCAUGAAUCCUAUCCAGCGUCGUCAAUCGAUGCCAUUAGCGAAUGGUACAAAUCGAAAUGAUCCACUGAAGCAUCGAUCAUGUGUGGAAAGCUUUUACCUUGGUAGAGAACAUGUCCGAGCAUCGUCGUCGCCAUCACAAACGAAAGCAUCAUCAAGAGCCGUCAAAGAAGAGCGUUCGAAAGCGGAUCGACGAAAUCAAAUGAAAUCGCCUGGAAAAAGCAAACAAGUUUUACAAAACGUUCGAAAAAUGAUUAAAGAUCAAAGUAUCCAAGAGCAACAUUUCAAUGAUACACAACAACGAGAAUCAGUUCGAUUAUAA